AACAGUUUUCGCUGGAGAUUAUUUCGAGGGGUUUGAAACUCUUGGUUUAUCGCUCGGAUAUUUUGGGACCUCUUGAGAGUAACUGUUCAGUCUCAUCGGGGAUAAUAUCACCCUCUUCUGGGACUGCAGCAUCUGCAAUCGAUCUGUAUUGCAUUCCAGUUCCUCGGAUGUGUCAAAAUAUUUACUCGAAUGGGAUUGAAUUUUUCAUUUCUGAGUCAUUUUUCACAUCGAUAUCAUCAGCGGUAAUUCUCAACUCGAUUUCUAUUUCUAACGGUGAAUUAGGUCGAGUGAAAACUCGUAAAAAUCCACGGUGUGAAACGAGGCGAGAACCGACGAAAUAAAAGAGCAAAUCAUUGAGGAUGGGCGUGCAGUGUUGUGCAUCGAUGACGGUUAGAAAAAUGAUCGACGAUGGGAAGAAACUGUUUAGAGGCACGUACUAAUGGAUAAAGAAUGGCUAUCGUGCUUUAUCUAUGCAAAUUCACCCAACUUUGAAGGGAUAUCGCUUGACUGGUGGUUUUUAGGGAACACGAAUGUGCCUGAAGCACUUUGUCUUCGUUCAUGAGUGAGGUCACUUACAACAGGUGUUAAAAUGCUCUCGCAAAUGACGACUGAAAGCCGGCGAUUGGAUGGCAAACGCCCGAAGGAGUUGAUGUCCUCAUCGAGCCUAUCCGGCAUGUCCCAACUAUCGAACAGCAGUGAGGAGGCCCUGGAGCCCUUCGUCACCCACAAGCCUGAGAAUUCCGAGAGUGCUCCGAAAGAAAACAGUGCAAAAGGAAACGAGUGGUUGGUGAACGGCCCCAGUGGCAGUAAAGCCCCUGUUCUGAGGUUCAAGUGUUCAGCCCUAGCGACGCCCCCGGAAGAUCCACCAGCUAAGCAACUUCACAUGACCUAUAAAAUCAUCCAGGCUGACACCAAGCUGAUGACACUGCUCCUCCAGUGCCAUGGGCUCACUGAGGUUUCGGUCAAUGAUGCCGACUUCAACCUUCUGUGGAUGGGAAGCCACCCGAAACCGGAUGUUCUGAGGAGCCUAGCGCCGUUCCAAAAAAUUAAUCACUUCCCGAGGUCAUACGAGAUAACCCGAAAAGAUCGUCUCUACAAGAAUAUCGAGGCGAUGCAGAGAAGCAAAGGUCUUCGCAAUCUGGACUUCAUCCCCCAGACCUUCUUACUCCCCAGUGAAUCACGUGAAUUACUGACCGCCCACUUCAGGUACCGGGGUCCCUGGAUUGUAAAGCCAAAGGCUAGCUCACGAGGUCGUGGCAUCUACAUCGUCAACAGUCCAGAGAAAAUAUUCACUGAGGAAUCAGUUAUUGUGGCGCAGUACAUCAACAAUCCCCUCUUGGUUGACGGACACAAGUGUGACUUACGUCUCUACGUUGCUGUCACAAACUACGAUCCACUUCUUAUUUAUUUGUAUGAGGAGGGAUUGGUCAGAUUUGCAACUGUCAAGUAUGAGGGUGGCAAUCAGUAUGUCUGGAAUCCCUGCAUGCACCUGUGUAAUUACAGCAUCAACAAAUUUCACGUUGAUUAUGUCAAGAGUGAAGAUCCAGACGCUGAAGACGUGGGUCACAAGUGGACCCUCUCAGCCCUCCUCCGUCAUCUCCGUUCAAUGGGCCAGGAUACAGAGCUCCUCAUGCAGAGAAUCGAGGACAUAAUAAUAAAGUCAAUCCUGGCAACAGCCUCUGGAAUUGUCAGUGGUGUAAAGCAGUUCGUAAAACACCCCGAGACCUGUUUCGAGCUUUAUGGCUUCGAUAUUCUUAUAGACGACACCCUAAAGCCCUGGUUAUUGGAAGUUAACCUGACGCCGUCCCUGGGUUGUGACUCUCCCCUCGAUGUUCGACUGAAAUCAGCUCUUAUGGCGGAUCUCCUCACACUGGUGGGUCUCCAAGCAGUAGAUCCAAUACUCAGACCCCAGAAUCCCCAGAGCAGAGCCCUGGGGAAUCCCUCCAAGAGACUGGCUAGCCAUAGAAGGGUCAAUUCAGCUGAAGGACUUAAUACUAAGAAGAGGAACCCUGUCAAAGCCUCCAACAGGUCUGGCCUGAGUUCGGAGCAAUUGAGAAUUGUGGCGUCAGCAAAGGCCCAGUUCGAGAGGCGUGGAGGUUUCGUCAGGAUUUUCCCGAGUCCAAAGUCGUGGGAAAUGUACUCACAGUACCUUGAUCCAGUCACUGGAAUUCCAGUAGUGACGGAUCCCCUGGGACCUGGCAGAGUCCCACAGGGUGUCAAUACUAAUUACAAUCUGAUGCUACACGAACAGCUGUUUCCCGCUGCCAGCAGAACCACUGGUUUCUCAGUGCCUGAGGUGACCUUGGACAGACUGUCGAGGUAUGAGAGGUACGAGAGGGCACUGGUUAAGGGACACAAGCAGAGUCUGGAUCGAGGAGAUAGCAAGGAGAAUAUUGAUGUGGAUACGCACAAGUAUAAGGACCAAGUCACGCAGAUGAUGCAAGAGGGAAACAAGCUCAGUCCAGGAGAGGCGAGAAAAGCCUUCGGUUUGUACUUGGGAUGUAUUCUACGUAAAAUAUCUCAACCAAGUGCUGAUUCUGUUUGCUGUGAUCUUGUCAUGAAGUUUCUACAGCAGUCCUCCAGCAAUUUACGAACGCCAUUCCUCUUUACUAUACCAAGUAACAAAUUGAGCGACAAGGAUCGUGCAGCCAUCACUGCCAAGCAAUUGUCUGAUUUUUUGCAUCUCUAUAAUCGUGAAACUGAUUUGUAUGCUGAUACCGUUGACAGGCCUAGAACUGUACCUAAUAGAUUAUUUCAAAAAUUCCUGACCUGCGCGAGUGAAGAGGACCUCGACGACGUCCUAAUCCUCCAAACAAAGCUCUAUAACUGCGCCCACAGUUUCCUGGGAAGAAGUGGCUUCGCCGGUAACCUCCGAGGUAGCAAUCUCCUGGGUUCUCUUCCCCAGAUAACGUCCCGAGUCCACUCAAAUGCAGCCACUUCAGAACAGUGCAAGUGCACCCAACCGAACAGUCGACCAAGUAAAGCGCCUCGCACGUAAAAUAUAAUUCUAGAGCCCUCAACUUCAUCCCCUCGAAAAUUAGCUGAUAAUUAGGAGUAAGUUUAUCGAUCGGAGGAUACGGUUGAACCGUCCACACUCGAUUACCUCGCCAAUCAGGGCUAAUUAAGAGUUGAAGCAAACAUCGACAGUAAGGCCUAGAUGUCAAGCACUUUUUAACAUCGACAAUCUUUGAAAAUAUUUAAAGCUGAAUUAUUCAUUUACAUUAUCACAGUUUGUUUUUGUGUGAUGCUAGUCUAGAAUCGGUGUUUUUUCAGAAUCGUAGAGACUAAUUGCUAAUGAAAUUUCAUAAUUAUUGGAUUGUUAAUAAGGUAGUGAAGUGGUAGGACAGUCCUAGGGUUGAAUUACACAUUUUCAUCCAAAAAAAAAGGAGAUGAAUAGUUGUGCUCCACCACUUCACCACUGAAUUGUUAAUGAAGCAAAGGAAAUUUUGAAAAAUUAACAAAUUGCACAAAGUAGCUGUCGGCCUAAUUGUUUAUGUUUUGUAAAGGCUAUGAAUUUAUUGCGGCCUAGUUUCGGUGGUGCUUAAGCUCUGGCUAUCUAUUAGUCAUAUUUAUAAUCAAUCAAUAUCAUUUCCAUUUUAAUCUAUUUUUUUUUUAUUUAUUUUUUAUUCGGUUGUUCUGUGGAUAAUCAACUCCUAGUCAUGACCAGAAGUGAUCAAUGUGAUUGAGAUACGGUAGAUAAUUUAUUAUACUGAUUAACUAUCGCUUGAUUAUAUUUUUGUGAAAACACAGGAGCUGUUGAUAUAGUAUUUUUGUGCUGUGAUACGAGAGAUUUUCAUGGACAACUUAUGCUGACAAUUAGAUAAUUGUAGGGGUAACUGCAUGUUUGUUUUAUUUCGACAGCACGUUUUUGAUAUUAUUUAUUUACGAAAAACAUCUGGGAUUUUUUAGUUCAAUUGUUUUAGAAUCAUUUUAUACUUUUGUUAAUUUUUAUUUAUUUAAUCGGAGAUUUUACGUGCACGUUAUCAUGAAUUUAAUAGUCGAAUGCUUUUUGUAUUCAGUGUUGUCGCACGAUAUCUAUUAAUUUUGCUAAUUAUUAAGAAGAUAGGAGCGAAUAUUUAGAGAGUGAGGAUUAAUCAAUUUUUUAAAAAGUUAGUUACUCAAAGGGAAAAUUCUGAAGGUGAUAGUUAAAGCAGCUCAGCAUUUUUAUAAUUCAACUAUCAACAACCCUCUCCUAUACUGCCUAUUUAAGAAAAUUUAAUGAUUGAUAAUUCAACCAAAUGUGGCAAAUCAAUCGGUUUCUGUGCAGUCAGAGUUGUUCAUUUUCCGAUGAAUCAAUGAAAAACUAGAAAAUAUUGGAUUUAAUUUUUAAAAAUAUGUAAAAAUGAUCAUUGAAAUGGUUUUGUUAAUAAAAUAAUGCAGCUGAAUUUCGCAUCAA